AUGCAGCUUGACGACACCAAGCACAAGGUCUACAUCUACAACAUCGACGACGAGAUCUCCUCUUCCGAGAGCGAGCCCGACGAUGGCAAGCUCGUCUUCCUGCCGAACAUUGAGAAGCACCUGCGCGCCACGCGCAUUCCACCCUCCAUUCUAGCCAACAACGACGGCGAGCUUGCUGGCAUGCAGGUGGUGUUGUACAACGAACCCACGUCUCUGACCGUCCCACCCGAGCAAGACAGCGUCCGCAAGGCCAUUGUCGAGUCCCGGGCCCGCAUGCGCGAGAGGCAGCGACUCGAACGUGAGGGCAGAGGCGCGCCGGUGCAGAUGCCGCCGCCGUUCUUCUCUCAGCAGCCCGUAGGUGCCCUCGUCCCCGAUCCCCAGCAGCCGGUGGACGCAAUCAUACCUGAUCCUCCAACCCCGACCGAGACGUCGGCUCCUGUAGACUACGACCCCGACGCCAUGGACAUGGAUUAG